UAAUUAUGAUGACAUUGUUUCUAUAGACACUUGUCGCUUCUAUAUUAACCAUAUGACUGUAUGGUGUUAUCUAUAACGUUUAUCUAAUUCAAUUGUCCUUAUGUCUCCAAAAACUUCUACAGUGCAUCUGAUUAUUCUACAAUUCAGUUUCAUUUGAACAACCGUUGCAAGUACAUGUGGUAUUUCUAUUUUGUGUUACCGAUGUUGUUGUUAUGUGAAUUAAAUAUGGCGAAAAUUGCAAUUUUAUUAAAUAUAUUUUUUCUAUUUCAAUGCGGUUUUUGUAAGAAAAGUGUCAAAGUGAAUAAAUCACCAAUUAUAGGCAUUCUAUCGCAAGAGAUUUUAUUUCGAAACCAAGAACUUUUUCCAGCAUCUAGCCAUUUUAUAGCUGCUUCAUAUGUGAAAGCUGUCGAAAGCUCUGGAGCCAAAGUUGUGCCAGUUGUUAUCAACAAACCUGAAUCUUACUAUAGGAAUAUUAUGAAUUCUGUGAAUGGUUUAGUUUUGCCUGGAGGUGCUACUUUCCCAGGAGAUGGAAAUCCUUAUUAUGACUCAGUGAAAAUAGUUUACAAAAUUGCAAAAGAGUUAAACGAUAAUGGUACAACGUUUCCUAUUCUGGGAGUUUGCUUGGGAUAUGAAUUCCUGUUAAUUGUAGCAAAUAAUGAAAAUAAUAUUUUAAAAAGGUGCAACGUAAGUCACGAAAAUCUUCCUAUAACGUUCGAGAGCCCAUAUUUCCAAAGUACUCUUUUUUCACGCCUGAGUAUACGACAAGCACACACUUUACAAUAUCUCAAUAGUACUGUCAAUUUUCACAGGUGGUGUGCCCAUAAGAGUGAUUUUCACAAUUCAAAUCUGAAUCAAGAAUGGAAAAUAACUUCAACCAGCACUAGUUUGAAAAAUACAGAAUUUAUCGCCAGCGUAGAACACAAGAAAUAUCCAUUUUUUGCAGUCCAAUUUCACCCGGAGAAAGUGUCUUUUGAAUGGAAUCCUGAUCAUAAUAUACCACAUUCUGAACCAAUUGUACUAGCCAGGGAUGGAAGAGCCGGGAGCGAGCCGGAGCUAGAGUCUGAAAGAGCCGGAUUUUUUGAGGAGUUAGAGCCAGAGCCAAGAGCCAAAUAAAUGAAAGUGCAGAAAAACAUCAAGAGCUAUCUUGCAAAAGAGCUCCUUAUUUUACUCAAGAGAGCCAUCAUCGUAAGGAGUCUUUAAUCUGGAAAGAGCCAGAGCCCAGUGGGAGCCCACAAAAUUUUUCAGGCUCUUUGGCUUCCUAAAAGUAGAAAAAAAAGUAAAAAAAGUAAAAAAAUGCGCACAUUUUUAUCAAAAAUUCAACUUUCAACUCACAUUUGUGAAGAAAAUGAAGAAUUUCUACGUUUGUUUUCUCAUUGAGAUAUAAAAUGAAAAUAAAUGCAGAAUAUUUUCAUUUUUUUCAUCAUUUUUCACGAAUUUUAACUUCUAAUUUAAAGAGCCAAGAGCCAGAGCUGGAGCUGGAGUGGGAGCCAAGAAAUUGGAAGAGGGAGCUGAGAGUCAAAGAGCGGAGUUUGAAAGAAUUGAGGAGCGAGCAAGGAGCCAAAGAGCACAUGUAAAGAAAAAGAGCCAAGAGCCAAGAGCGAGCCAGAGCUAAAACUUGCGGGGAGCUGAGCCAGAGCCAAGAGCAGGAGCCCUGAAUUCAAGGCUCUUCCAUCCCUGGACUAGCCAAUCGGUAUUUUUAUGACCAAUUAAUCUACUACGCCAAAAAAAAUUCCAAUAAAUUUUCUAGUAUUGAUGAAGAAAAUAAUUCGCUAAUUUACAAUUAUUUUCCUCGUUUCACCGCUUCAGUAACGAGUUAUUUACAAAUGUAUGUAUUUUAAUCAUGAAUUAUAAUAUAUUUUUUACGACGGUUCA